CACACACACACACACACACACACACACACACACACACACACACAGCAGUGCGAUCUGCGAUCAGUGAGGUCGUGGUUAGCAUCAUGUCAGCGUCUCUGCUCACACUCGCUCUCCUCGGAUGUUUCCUUCAGGUGUUCAGCCAGUCUGAAGCAGUCUUCCGUCAGGCUCCUAAGGCUCACAAGGUAUUCCUAAGGCCCAAGCGAGCCAACCAGUUCCUGGUGGAGGAGAUCCUCCAAGGGAACCUGGAGAGGGAGUGCCUGGAGGAGCGGUGUAAUUUUGAGGAGGCACGAGAGGUCUUUGAAGACCACGUCCAGACAGUGGCCUUCUGGACUGUUUAUGUCGACGGGGACCAGUGUAGACCCAACCCCUGCCUCAAUGGGGGGAACUGCACCGAUAAGGUGGGUGGGUUCUCCUGCUCCUGCCCCGCCCCCAGCUAUGGGUCCAUCUGUGAACUGGGAGCACCAAAGUUGGGAGGGAAAACAUCACCGGACAAACCCCACACUCCAGGUUUGACCCAACCCACUGCUGAGUGGAAAAGCGGGGCCUAUAAGAUUAGGCAUCAUGAAAUGUCCAAGUGUCCAACCAAAGGUCCAAAAGCUUGUCACCAGCUGUGCACAGCGGAUUACGGCUCCUUCACCUGCUCAUGCAUAUCAGGAUUCAAACUACAGAGCGAUGGGCGAAGCUGUCUACCUGAAGUGGAGUUUCCCUGUGGAAGGCUUUCUGAUGCCAGUGCUUCAGCCUGUCGCCAUGGAAACUGCCCAUGGCAGGUGACCGUGAUAAACAACAGAGGGACGAAGCUCUGUGGGGGGGUGGUGUUGGGGCAGCGGUCCAUCCUGACCACCGCCUCCUGCCUGUUCCUCAACACAGGAUCUGACCUCCAACCUUCACACUUCUAUGUGACUACAGGCAACAGGAAGCCCAUCCCGGUGAGAGCUCUGUACCUACAUGACCGAUUCCGUUCCGGUCACAAUGACUAUGACCUCACCCUCCUUGAGCUGACCACGCCCCUGACAUUUAGCCCCACCCUCAUUCAACUCUGCUUGCCCACCAAGGAUUUCAGCGAAAACAUCCUGAUGAACUCUGGGAGGACAGGUGUCAUGGACAGAAGGCGUGGCCAGAACAGGGACCUGGUCUACAUGACUCUGGAUGACUGUCGCAGAACGCUGAUAGUCUCACAUCCACUGAGCAAUAAGAUGUUCUGUAUGAUGGGUCCACAAGAACCUUCAGAGAACCCCAACAGACCUCAGAAGGUUCUGUCCCAGAAUGAAACAGAACCAUCAGCAAAUCAGAACAACACCUUUAAAAUAAACAGGCUUUUGUGGAACCAUCGAGCCCCGAGAAGGCCUGAGGAACACACACAGAACAGGAUCCAGAACCUGACUCAUGACAGAACUCCAACUAGAGCAGAACCCUUCAACAGCACUUCAAAAAGUCCUGACGAGCCGUCGCAUGGUACUGUCUGGUCGAGGUCAGAGGUCAGCAGGCUAUGUGAUGGCUUGUUGCCAGGGUCGCCAGUUGCUACAGUGGAGAAAGGAACGGCAUUCCUGACUGGGCUGCUGAUGACAUCAUCCAGAGGUUGUGAUGGUCAGGUGUUCUCCAAGGUGUCUCGGUACCUGAGCUGGAUCAGACCGAGGCUGCAGAUAGCAGAGGAUCACAUGACCCCCCAAAUCAGCCAGUACCCUGAGGACCACUAAAGCCCCGCCCACAUGUCUCACCACCCCUACAGGGACGUCAGACAGUCUUAAGUUGUGUUUUUUUGUGUGUUGUUAAACUGUGAAAUAAAAUGUUCUGAUUUAUAAAUAAAUACUUUAAACUCUG